AUGUCUCGAGUUUCCGAAGCCCCCAUAUUCCAAUUUUCAACUGGAAACGAUUCACUUUUAAAGUUCAAAACGAGCCCUUACUACCAUCUUGACAACAACAACAAAGGCAGCAACAACGACAACGACGAUGCAGAACCCAGCUCGACCGGCAACAACCAAGAAAGCAGAGAUGCCAGCGUUUCAUCUUCCUUUUGCCCAACGCUAUCGACAUCACUUGCCCAAUCAGCACUAGCCUCCAUCAAGAACACCUUGAAAUUGGAAAACGAAGCCGUGACCCACUUGCGCCAACAAUACCAAAUCGACGAAUUCUCCAUUUCCAAUCUAAUGCACUCGCUAUCGAUAAUGCUCAAGUCCUACCAAAACGGCGGCAAAAUCGUGAUUUGCGGUAUUGGCAAAUCGUACAAGUUGGCUUUGAAACUAGUGGCAACGUUGACCUCGCUAUGCAUCCCGAGUUGCAAUUUGCACCCCUCGGAAGCGUUGCACGGCGACCUAGGGAUGAUUAACGAGGGUGUCGACUGCUUGAUCAUGUUGACUUCCUCGGGAAACACCCCUGAACUAAUCAACUUGCUACCUCACUUAUCUCCGGACUUGCCAAUAAUAUUGUUGACCUGCAGCAGAGUCUCCAAAUUGUCAACAAGCGACCAAGUCAAGAGCUUGAUACUUGCUGAAUUGGCCCAUACCCACAACGAGGAAUCUAUUCACGGAUUGCCUGCGCCUACGGUAUCGACAACAUUGUCGUUGAUAUUGGCUGAUUCCGUCAUCUUGGCCUUGUCCGAGUUGAUAGAGGCUAAUUUAGUGAAGAGACGAAGACAGUUUGGCUUGAAGCACCCCGGUGGAUCCAUUGGUGCUAGCUUGAACCUUCAAACCACAAACCAACACGUGGGGGGUGGGGGAGCAUCGACUGCGAGUAGGAGCCAAAAUAACGCACCUUCGCCAACACCCUCAUCUUUGCCAUCCGAAGUAGGCAGCACUACUUCCCUCUUGAGCCUCAAGAACAAUUUGCAUGGCGGCCAAAAUGGCGCCACGCCACAAGACAUUUCAAACGAGAGACUGGCGUCGACGGAUAGCGAGAAUGACGGGCUCGAAUUCAAUGUGCCGCAUCGAGUCGCCGACGCGCAGAACCACUCGACGAGCAAUGUUAAAACUGUAUCGCACGAGCAAGUGUUGAACUUGACCGAGUUUGACAUUUUACAAUGGAUUACAUUGUAUGACUAUUUACAAAUUCAAAAUUCAAAUUUGAAGUUGCACUUGCCACUAGUCAAGAAACUUUACAAGGACUUUUACGAAAACAAACAGGGGCUCGAGGCUUGCGCUAAAAACACAAGCAGCGAAGCCAACACCACAGAACGCCACUGGAAUAAAUUCAAAUGGGAACUACUAAGGUCCUUUAGCUAG